CGCGGUGCUUCCAUUCAGACAUUUUAUAUCUUGCAUUUUAUAAAGUGCGGUUUGGAAGAACAUUUCCAUUCAAUACACUGGUAAUAUUACUGUGAGGGAAAAAAGCCUUUGUUAAAUCGUUUGAAUCAGAUUGUUGUUGUUUUUUAUUGACGGAUGUGAUCGGUAGGACCGGGCGUUGCGUGCUAAUCCAGCGGAGUGUCGACAGUCUCACAGGGGGGGCUCACUAGCCUUAUUGUGCUCAAUCUCCAUCGCUGCUUUUUAUAUAUAUUACAUCUGAGGAACAUGGCGACUCCCACUGCGGUCAACCCGUCAGAGAUUGGAAGUGAGUUACCAGGCACAGUCCCGAUGCAGGGAGCUGUUGGAACCAGCCAAGUGAGGAUGGGAGGAGCCAUGCCAGGCCGGGGGGGCAAGAGGAGAUCAGGAGGAAUGGACUUUGAUGACGAAGAUGGAGAAGGACCAAGCAAGUUUUCAAGAGAGAAUCACAGUGAGAUUGAGCGGCGCCGGCGCAACAAAAUGACCCAGUACAUCACUGAGCUGUCAGACAUGGUGCCUACCUGCAGUGCUCUGGCAAGAAAACCCGAUAAGUUGACCAUUCUGCGUAUGGCUGUCUCCCAUAUGAAAUCCAUGAGGGGCACGGGAAACACAUCAACUGAUGGGGCUUACAAGCCCUCCUUUCUCACUGAACAGGAACUCAAGCAUCUGAUCCUGGAGGCAGCAGACGGCUUCCUGUUUGUGGUUGCGGCAGAAACAGGCCGGGUGAUCUAUGUGUCGGACUCAGUGACACCUGUACUGAACCAUCCGCAGUCAGAGUGGUUUGGCAGCACUCUAUAUGAACAAGUGCACCCAGACGAUGUGGAAAAGCUGAGGGAACAGCUCAGCACUUCAGAAAACUCCAUGACAGGACGAAUUCUGGAUCUGAAGACGGGAACAGUGAAGAAGGAGGGACAGCAGUCGUCUAUGAGGAUGUGCAUGGGCUCCCGACGGUCCUUCAUUUGCCGCAUGAGGUGUGGGAGUGCUCCCCUUGAUCACAUUUCUCUAAACCGUCUGUCUAACAUGAGAAAGAGAUACAGGAAUGGGCUUGGACCGUCAAAAGAAGGAGAGGCUCAGUACUCUGUUGUGCACUGCACUGGCUAUAUCAAAGCCUGGCCCCCUGCAGGUAUGACUAUACCAGAGGAAGACACAGAAGCAGGUCAGACUGGGAAAUAUUGCCUUGUUGCCAUUGGAAGACUUCAGGUGACCAGCUCUCCUGUCUCUAUGGACAUGAACGGCCUCUCAGUGCCCACAGAGUUCCUGUCACGUCACAAUUCGGAUGGUGUCAUCACAUUUGUAGACCCGCGCUGCAUCAAUGUCAUUGGCUAUCAGCCUCAGGACCUGCUGGGAAAAGAUAUUCUAGAGUUCUGCCACCCCGAAGACCAGAGCCACUUGAGAGAAAGUUUCCAACAGGUAGUCAAGUUGAAGGGUCAGGUUCUAUCUGUAAUGUAUCGUUUCCGAAUGAAGAACAGGGAAUGGAUGCUGAUCCGAACCAGCAGCUUCACCUUCCAGAACCCAUACUCUGAUGAGAUAGAGUAUAUCAUCUGCACCAACACCAAUGUCAAGCAACUACAGCAGCAGCAGCAGGCAGAACUUGAAGUUCACCAAAGAGACGGGCUGACUGCGUAUGAUCUUUCCCAGGUGCCUGUGGCCAGUGUCAGCAGUGGAGUGCACGAGGCAGGGAAGAACAUUGACAAGACAGAAGCAUUGUUCUCUCAGGAGAGAGACCCACGUUUUACGGAGAUGUACACCGGCAUCUCUGGCUCUGCAGAUAAGAAGAUGAUGGUUCCCUCCUCUACAGCUGGAGGACAGCAGCUCUACUCGCAAAGCUCUCCCUUUCAGCAGGGACAUUCUGGCAAAAGCUUCAGCUCCUCUGUGAUCCAUGUCCCUGGUGUGAAUGACAUCCAGCAGUCAACCUCAUCCAACCAGAAUCUAGCACAGAUCACCAGACAACUCAACCCAGGCCAGGUUGCAUGGUCAGGCAAUCGCCCACCCUUUUCUGGACAGUCUAGUAAAGCCCAGUCCAGUCCAUUUGGUAUUGGUUCUGGUCACAGCUACCAGACUGAUCCGGCCUCCUACAGUCCCCUGUCGUCUCCAGCCACUUCCUCACCAAGUGGCAACGCCUACUCAGGACUGACGAACCGCAGCACAGCUUUUGAUGUUUCGGGGGAGGGCAGUCAGAGUGGAGCCCAGUUCCAGGGUCGGCCUGGUGAGGUCUGGUCCCAGUGGCAGAGCCAGCAUCACUCCCAGCAGGCUGGAGAACAGCACACACACCCCAACCCCAGCCAGACAGAAGUCUUCCAGGACAUGCUGCCUAUGGCUGGAGAUCCCACUCAGGGAACUGCCAACUACAACAUCGAAGACUUUGCUGAUCUUGGCAUGUUUCCACCCUUCUCUGAGUAAAUCCCCCUAACCCAAACAUCGCCCUCUCAGAACAGGACUGAUGUUCAUCUCUCAUGUUGUCUUAGUUUUUGUAAAUUGCUAGACAACCCAGACACGGGGGGAUUUGCAGCACGGUGAAUGUCUGGGUGCAAUUGUCAUUUGCACACGUACAAACACAUUUCACAAACGCUUUGACUGCAAGGCCUUUUGUAUGUAUCUGUGAACAUAAAUCACUGCAAAUAAGAAGCACGCUGUCAGAUGGAAGGAACAUCAAGUAACCCGUGAAAGCUCUAUAGGACAUUUCAGUUUUUAAACAAAGAGUGGAGACUUUCAUGACCAAAUGCAGCCAGUUAGUCGAUAAAGCUACGUCCACAUUCAUGUAACAAGAUGACUGAAAGUUAUGAUUGUACCAAGGGCUGGAUACACUACAUCCAAUAAUGUACAGAACUGCAUGAUUGUUUGCUGCUGUCUUUGUCCUCUGGAUUGUCAGGGUUUGUUUUAACGAUAGAACAGUUACAUCUGAGUGUAACAUGAAGCUAUAUCAUUCUGAUCUUAAGGGCAUAGCUGGGACGUUUUGUAAGAUACAGAUGAGAAGUGCAAAGCAUUAACUACUCAGCCAAAUGAAUGCCAGAAGGAAGUUUUACAUAAACAAUGACAUCACAGUUGAGUCCAGUGAGGGGGUUUAUACAAAGAGGCAUGUUCAGGUCCAGAUCAGAUUAUCUCUGAUAGCACACUGUCCUUCCUCUUCACUUGUUCUAUGCAGACAUGCACAUCUGAUGUUUCCAAUAACCCACAUGUGCUGCAGUACAUAGGAACUUAUUCAUUAUUUAUGAAUCUACAAACUAUUCUUGGUAUUCUUAGUGAUGGUGUUGUGUGUAUGUGACACAGAGUUGUACUGCGCUUUUCCAAACAUUCAUUUCAACUGUAAAAAGGCACCAUGCUUAUCUUAACAUCUUUAGAGCAAUAAAGGCUUCUGUUCAGACCCACCCACAGACAUUGAUAGGCGGGAGAGGAAGUUAACAAUAUAUUAUAUAUAUUUUGUGUUAUUUUAAGAGAACAUGUUGAUUAUCCAUCAUUUCAUUUCAUAAUCGAUAUCAUUGGAGUUAGUUAGCCACAAACACCUUUUCAACUUGUCCUCCCUCAUAGGUGAUCCUAUAAGGGAUCCUAUUGCUGAAAAUAUCCCAAAGUUGUCUGAAUGUUUGUUCAACCAUCUAAGGUUUACUUAUCUAUUCGUGAGUGCUCACUGUGUGCAUUAUUUUUAGCCAGGACAAUUCCACUAUAAUCUGUCAAUUAAAAGGUUAAUUUAACCAUUCUGACUGAUUGUGACAACAACACAGCAGAGAGAAUCAGACUUCCUUUUAGACACAGUUUAUAGCUGUGGCAGAGGCUUUAGAUUGGUUAGCUUAGUCAGCUGUAAACAUUAAAACAGUAUAUUAUCAUUAUGCAGAUUCUAUGUAAAUAACACCUUUCUUUCCCCCACACUUAAAAAUACUGACAGAAAUGAUAAGAUGCCAAAAUUGAUCACUACUAUCCUAUCUCCAUACAUGUUCACAAAGAUUCAGAGAACAUUGUAGAGCAAAAGUUCUGCUUUUUUAAAUCUUAAUUCUUGCAUCUGGCCCUUGGUAUAAUCCCAUAAAGAAAUAGUUGAUCUCCUCUGGUCAUACCUGCAGUGAUUGUAGAGAACUCUCACGUGUCGCACACCAUCACUGACCCUGCCAAGCAGCAGCAGCAGGAGAACACAAACUUUUGUUUCCCUUCUGUGCUGCUCUCUCUCUCCACCAAUCAAACUAUGUAACCUUGAAGUAGUGAUGUCCAUGACUCCAGGGGAAAUGUGAUGCCAGUAGAAAAAUAUUUUAUUUGUAAAUUAAGAAAAAAAGGAACUCAUUGCAGACAUUUGCUAAGCUAAGGCUCAAAGUGCACUUCUUUAAGCUAACUGCUCAUCUCACCAGCCUGCAUUAAAGGGUAAAAACCACCAUGCUGUUCAAGCAAAGUGCAGUAUUUACUAGUGUAUUUGGUGUUUUUCAGCUCUGGCUACUUGACUUUAUUACUUUAUUAUAUUUCAUUUAAAAAAAAAGAGACUGAAUUACACUUUUUAGCUGGGGAGCUUUUACAUGAUAGAUUGUAUAGUGUGUCUGACAGAUAGAUGGGAGAACCCUGAAAUGAAAUCAUUUCAGUCCAUUUUGCUAAAGAUCUUAAAUUGAUGGUUUUUGUAAAUAAUGUGAUUUUUAUGUCAACUUGUGUGACUUUCCCACAGUAAAUGUUUUUGUGUAAGUUUUAAUCAUAUUGUGUGCAAUGUGAGAACAUAUUCAACUAUUGGUAUUUAGUUAGUCUGUUAAUUGUACAUUGAGUUCUAGAACUGUAUAAAUUGCGUAAAUGUCACCCACUAUUUUUGUGUAACAAAUCGUGCUUGUGAAAAUAAACGCUAAUUGAUUAUGUGGCUUCAA